AUGGCGGGGAUCGACAGUUCGCCCGGCAGUAUUGAAGACAUGGACGACCACGAGGCGCGCGAGGAGAAGAGACGCCAACCUGUGAAGCGCGCUUGUAAUGAGUGCCGACAGCAAAAGCUUCGAUGCGACGUCAUUCAAGACCCUUGGUCCGAUUGCUCGCGAUGUCGUCGACUCAAGCUCGACUGUAAAAUCGAAUCGAACUUCAAACGGGUGGGGAAGCGCAGUCGUAAUGCGGAGAUGGAGAGAGAAAUAUUGGAGCUCAGGAAGCAAAUCGCUACCGGGCAGCCUGUCCCCGGGAUGUCCCAACAGCAGCAGCAGCAGAUCACCGCGGGGCAAUUGACGCCCAAGCAAGAUUCGAAUCAAGUCAGUCCCGCGGUGUAUCAAACCCCAUCGGCCAUGUCCGCGGACCAGUAUAUGGGCUCGCAAGAAGCUGUUGCGUCCCUGUUGGACUUGCGCUCAGGCUUCGACGGUUCUAAUUUCAUGCGUAACGGGGGACAAAUCAAGCGCAUUGAGGACGUCAUGGUUGUUCCUGAGAAAGUUGGGGAACUGUUCAAUCUCUUCUUCACAUACUACCACCCUUUCCUCCCAUUUUUGGAUCCGAAGCAAUCGCCAGAGGAAUAUUACAAUGCUUCCUCCCUCCUAUUUUGGACAAUCGUCAGUGUUGGCGCACGGCGCUACCAGGGCGAUUCCAAUCUAUUGACUUCCCUUGCUGGUCCUGUCAGUCGACUGGUAUGGAGCACAUUGGCAGACAUCCCUCAAAGCUACCACGUUGUAAAGGCUCUUGCUCUAAUGUGCUCCUGGCCAUUCCCGACAAGCAGCACCUCCACGGACCCAACAUUCAUGCUAUGCGGCAUGAUGGUCCAGGUUGCCAUGCAGCUAGGUCUUCACCGGCCUUCUCACACCCAAGACUUCAGCAAGUUCCGGGUGGAAUUGAUCGAAGAGGAGUUGCGGGAUAAAGUGCGAACCUGGGCCAUCUGCAACAUUGUUGCUCAAAGGGUAUCCACUGGAUAUGGGCAGCCUUCGUCCACAUUGUACGACUGGACGCUUUCCUCGAGUGACUCGCUUGACCCGAACUUCAAGCUUCCAGGAGAUCUCAGGACAAGGUUAGAGAUUGAGAAGUUCUGCGACCGGAUCACCAGGGCACUUUACACAAAUCGGCGUGAUCCAGUUGGUCUCACCAGUGACCAUGAACGGUCUACAAUGAUUUCCUUCUUGUCGCGGGACUUCGACGAGUUAGAGGAAACCUUGAAACCUCAGAGUGACAGUAUCACUGAUCUGUUCUUACGUGCCGCCAACCUUCACUUACAUCUUUCGGCAUUCUUUGAUGAGCCAACUGCAAAGAACUAUCGCGAGCGCGUGUUGUCUCUAUAUGUUGCGACGACAUCAUUCCUCGAGAAUGUCCUUAACCUCGAGACCGAAGUUGGACCAGUCCUCUCUUACACCCCUUACUACAUCUACCAGAUGAUGGUCGCCGCUGGUUGCACCCUUCUGAAGCUAUGCAAGAGCUUUUUCUCCUCUCACAUCGACAUGGAUUACACCAAACAUCUGUCCAACCGAACAAUAUGGGCCAUUCGCAGUGUCUCGGCUUCCAGCAAUGAUCUACCCGAGCGUCUAGCAGAAGUGUUGGCCCAGAUGUGGAGACUAGGCGGAGCAACUCAUCGAUCCAACAAUAGCACUGAUGUCGAUGAUUCCCUCCGCCUCAAAGUGCGCUGCCGAAUGAGCAUGUCUUUGCUUUUCGACUCGGUGUGGCGAUGGAGGGAAGAUGCGCGGACCAAGGGUCGUAACAUUGAAGGUAAAUUAUUUCCCGCAGUGUCUUGGCUUGUCCAGUGUCUAACACCAUUCCUAGCAUAUUUGAAAAACCCGACCAAUCCAGACUCCGCGGCGGAUUCCUCAGCCACCUCGUCCGUCGGCCCUAUGCAAACAGCGACAACUACACCUGGUAUCUCGGGCAACGAUCCCAGUCUUGCCCCAGCACCCCUACUAUCGCAGGCUAGUCUUGGGGUUCAACCGCCUUCUACUUCGGUCAGUGGACUUCCUAGCGGUUUCAUGGAGCCUAAUUACGAGGUCUUUGAUCCGUUGAACUGGUUGCUCGACGGCUUGGUAGAUCUGCCAUAUUCAUACUCCACCGUGGGUGGAAUGGAACCUCAAGGCAUCGCAUAG